CAUAGAAUUGCUUUCAUUAGCAGGAUUCUGUUCAGUUUUCAUCUCCUUUGGGAACUCCAAAGCACAGCAUGAAGAAAACCACAAGUGCAGAUGAAUCCAAAGUAGUGAUGGAAGGACUGUUCAUGAAAAAGCCAUCAGGAGGAAAUGUUUCUAGGCUGAAGAGUGAGCUUAAUUCAUUGAGUAAGCCACAAGGACAGCAGUCCAAAUUACCUGUUGUACCAAACCCUGAGAGCCCAGAGGAUCACAUCUGCCUCUUAGACUGCAUUGUGGUUGAUCUGCAGGACAUGGACAUAUUUGCUGCAGAGAGAUACCCGAGAGAGUAUUCCAAGGCUGUGGAAGACACAAGUACAGACUUGAGCUUUCCAUCCUAUUGUGUGAGGCAGACAGGAGGAAGUCUAUUGAAAGAACCUUUCAGGCUGAAGUUGCAAGUAGAGAGAAACUUAGACAAAGAGCUGAGUCAUGCAGUUGCAGACAUACUGAUACACGGCAGUCUCUCAUCAGUCCAUUGCUCUCUGGAUUUGCCUAAAUACAAACUGAUACGUGGCUUGCUGGAGAACAACCUUGGAGAACCUAUCGAGGAGUUCAUGCGACCUUACGACCUGCAGGAUCCAAGAAUUCAUACAGUUUUGAGUGGAGAAGUGUAUACUUCUAUGUCUUUCCUCGUUGACAUGGUUAAUGUGAGUCUGGAACUGAUGGAUCCAAAAGGAAAAGAUGAGUGCAGCUCUUUAGCCAGAUUUGAUUUUAAGAAAUCGAAAUUGCUUUUUGAAAGCUCUUCAAACAGAACAAAGUCUGUAAAUUUGGUUUCCCAUUCCAUGAUGGCGUUUGACACGCGUUACGCUGGACAGAAAUCCACAGGAGGCAUGCCCAAUGUGUUCAAUUGCAUCUUCCAGUCAUCAAAGAAUACUAGCAGUCCAGGAGCAAUCCAAAUUGAGCUGCAUUACAGGUCUACUAAGGAUUCCUCCAGUUUCACAGUAGUACUGAACAAUCUCCGUGUGUUUUUAAUAUUUGACUGGUUGUUACUGGUUCAUGACUUUCUGUAUACUCCUGGAGAUACCAAAAAGAGGGAAAAUGUCCUUCCUUCCCGGCAACGCACUUACAGCAGUGAAACAAGUGUGGUUCCAAAAGCAGUGAAAAGUGGAGUAGUUACAAAACGUUCAUCACUACAUGUGUCUACAGAAAAACAGCUGGAAGUUAAGGUCAACGUGACAGGAACUGAAUUUGUGGUCGUUGAAGACAUGUCUUGUUUUGAUACGAAUGCAAUUAUUUUGAAGGGGACCACUGUUCUCACUUACAAGCCCAAGUUGCUGGAUCGUCCUUUCUCUGGUAGUUUGUUUGGCAUUGAGGUAUUUUCAUGCCGGUUAGGGAACGAGCAAGAGACUGCACUGUCAAUUAUUGAUCCAGUCCAAAUUCAGGUGGAACUCGUUGGGAACGCUUCCUACCCGAGUGGUUCGGGACUGUUGGAUGCUUUCAACAGUGAAGAUUUCCCUCCUAUUCUAGAGAUUCAAUUGCAAGCAUUGGAUAUUCGACUGUCCUACAAUGAUGUGCAACUGUUCUUAGCAAUUGCUAAAUCAAUUCCUCAACAGACAAGUGCAGCUAUGCCUGACUCAAGUGCAUCAGUUGCCGAGAGUACUACUAACCCCAGUUCAUCACUGGUGGCUGAGCCUUCUUGCUUGACAAGUGAAAACAGGGAGAUACCCAAACGUGUGUUGGAUCCUGUUCUUGAGGUGCAGCUGGCUCGCCUUCAGGACUUGGGAUUCAGUAUGGAAGACUGCCGCAAAGCUCUUCUGUGCUGCCAAGGUGACUUGAAAAAAGCAGCAAGUUGGCUGUUUAAGAAUGCUGAACCUUUGAAAUCACUUUCCCUGACUUCCUCUGGUCGAAACAGCCAAGGGAUUGUGCCUUUUCAGUUCAUCUCUGGGGUGGAAAUCAAGGCAGAAAGUAUAUGCAUCUGCUUUAUUGAUGACUGCAUGGACUGUGAUGUUCCCCUUGCUGAGCUAACAUUCUCACGUUUGAAUUUUCUCCAGCAUUUGAGGGCCAAUCCUGAAGGCUGUGCUCAUUUUACCCUCUCUGGAGAUUAUUAUAACCGUGAGCUUUCAGGCUGGGAGCCAUUUAUUGAGCCGUGGCCAUGCUCAGUUUCUUGGCAGCAGCAUGCUUCAAGCCGCCUCCACCCUUCCCGAUUGAAGCUGGAAGUAAAGGCCACACACCGUUUGGAUGUCAACAUUACCUCUGUCUUCUUAGAACAGUACGCAAGCACCAAGCAGUCAUGGAUGGAAGAUUACUGUAAACAGGACAAAGAAGUAAAUGCAGUCAGUUCUGAAGAGUGGAUGGGCUCUUCAGAGGAUUCACCAUGUUUUGGACAGAGCCUUCCUCUUGUCUACCUUAGAACUAGGAGUACAGCCAGUUUGACUAAUCUAGAGCAUCAGAUCUAUGCUAGAGCUGAAAUGAAGACCCCAAAACGCAGACAGCCAUUUGUGCCCUUUGCUCUGAGAAACCAUACUGGAUGCACUCUGUGGUUUGCUACCCUAACUACAACACCUACCCGGGCUGCACUGUCUCACAGUGGGAGUCCAGGAGUUGUUCCUGAGGAAAAUGGAACGUUGCUGGAUGAUGCCCAUAAUGUCAGUGAGUGGAAAGAAGUUAUCACAGGGGAAGAAGUUCCAUUUGAGUUUGAAGCCAGAGGGAAACUCAGACACAGGCACACGCAUGAUCUGAGGAUUCACCAGCUGCAAGUGAGAGUGAAUGGCUGGGAAGAAGUCAGCCCAGUGUCUGUAGACAAAGUUGGAACCUUUUUCCGAUAUGCUGCACCAGACAAGAAUUCCUCCUCUUCCACUCUUGGAAGUCCAAUAAGUAGAACAAACAUAAUACAUCCACAAGUUUAUUUUUCUUCAUUGCCUCCUGUGCGUGUGGUAUUUGAGGUAACCAUGGAAGGUAGUGCUCGGAAAGUGAUCACCGUGCGCUCAGCCUUGAUUGUGAAGAACAAGCUGGAAACACCCAUGGAGCUAAGGCUGGAUAGUCCUUCUGCUCCUGACAAACCUGUAGUUCUUCCAGCAGUUAUGCCAGGGGAUGCCUUUGCUAUUCCUCUGCACCUCACAUCUUGGCGUUUACAAGCCAGGCCAAAGGGACUGGGAGUCUUCUUCUGUAAGGCUCCAAUUCAUUGGACUGAUGUUCAGAAGACAGCAGAAGUUUGUAGCAGCAAGCGGGAGUGCCAUUCCAUGGAGUCUGAGAACAGCCGCUUUUUCAGAUUUUGUGUGGCGAUCAAGAAAGAGAACUACCCUGACUACAUGCCCUCCAGCAUAUUUUCUGACAGUGCUAAACAGAUUUUCAGACAGCCUGGCCAUACUAUUUAUCUUUUGCCAACAGUGGUGGUCUGUAACUUGCUGCCUUGUGAACUUGAGUUUUACGUUAAAGGGAUGCCAAUCAGUGGCACACUGAAACCUGGCAAGGAGGUGGCAUUGCACACAGCUGAUACAUCUCAGAACAUUGAGCUUGGAGUACUGCUAGAAAACUUCCCAAUCUGCAAGGAGCUGUUGAUUCCUCCUGGGACACAAAACUAUAUGGUGAGGAUGCGAUUGUAUGAUAUCAACAAGCGCCAGCUGAAUUUGACCAUAAGGAUUGUGUGUCGUGCAGAAGGUUCUCUGAAGAUACUCAUUUCAGCACCAUAUUGGUUAAUCAACAAAACAGGAUUGCCACUCAUCUUCAGACAGGAUAAUGCCAAAACAGAUGCAGCAGGGCAGUUUGAAGAGCAUGAACUUGCUAGAAGCCUCAGCCCACUUCUGUUCUGUUACGCUGAUAAAGAACAGCCCAACUUCUGUACGAUGCGGGUUGGGAAAGGCAUCCAUCCUGAAGGCAUGCCAGGCUGGUGCCAGGGCUUCUCCUUGGAUGGCGGUAGCGGUGUCAGAGCCCUCAAGGUGAUCCAGCAUGGAAACCGACCAGGCCUCAUUUACAACAUUGGUAUUGAUGUUAAGAAGGGCAGAGGGCGUUACAUUGAUACCUGCAUGGUGACAUUUGCUCCCCGUUACCUUCUAGAUAAUAAGUCCAGCUAUAAGCUUGCCUUUGUUCAGAGAGAGUUUGCCAGAGGUCAGGGCACAUCCAACCCUGAUGGCUACAUCUCCACGCUGCCUGGCUCCAGCGUUGUGUUCCACUGGCCACGCAAUGACUAUGAUCAGCUGUUGUGUGUGAGACUGAUGGAUGUCCGAAACUGCAUUUGGUCUGGGGGAUUUGAAGUCAACAAAAAUAACUCGUUCCAUAUUAAUAUGAGGGACACCCUGGGAAAAUGCUACUUCUUAAGGGUAGAAAUUACUCUUCAGGGAGCCACGUACCACGUUGCAUUCAGUGACACAGAUCAGCUGCCACCACCUUUUCGCAUAGACAAUUUUUCCAAGGUCCCAAUUGUUUUUAAUCAGCACGGUGUUGUCGAGCCAAGGCUGUACACUGAGGUGAAGCCCAUGACCUCCCUGGAUUAUGCAUGGGAUGAGCCCAGCCUACCUCCAUUUGUCAUGCUGACAGUUAAGGGAGCAGGCUCCUCAGAGAUCGUCUGCAGCAUGAAUGACUUCCAAGACAGCAAACAGCUUUAUUAUGAAAACUUCAUUUAUAUUGCUGCUACCUAUACUUUCUCAGGGUAAUUCAUUAGAUAUUAU